AAAAGAGGCGCCCUUGAGAGACAGGAGAUCAGUUUUUGGUGGCAUGGCUCCGCAGGAGAACAAUUUUGUUCGUGCUCUUGAGGCACUAGCGGCGGGGAAGCCGGUGGCGGUCCUCGACAGUGAAGCACGGGAGGGGGAGACAGACUUGUUCAUUCCAGGGCAGUUUCUACAACCUAAAAACCUACGGUGGUUGCGGACACUGGCGGGGGGAGAGCUUUACAUCAGUGUGGGGCAGGAGGUGGCGGCAUUGUUUAAGCUGCCGUUCAUCGGGCCGGCGUUGAAGGAAACGAGCUGGGAUGUCUUGAAGCAAAUGCAGAAAGAGAACGACGGAAUGUGCCAGGGAAGCUGCAGCGUGAGCGUGAGCCUGGACCACCGCAGCACAGCCACAGGCGCCCCUGACGUGGAGCGCAGCCUGACCUGCCGGAGGCUGGCGGAGCUCUACCAAGAGUCGUCCAAGAAAGGCCUCACGCCCGACGAGGCGUGCGCGGAGCUAGGGCGGGAGUUCCACACACCGGGGCACGUCUUCCUCUGUCGAGAAAACGAUCUGGGGCUGAAGCACCGGGCAGGUCACACGGAACUGUCAGUUGCGCUGGCCAGGGCGGCGGGGGUGACGCCAGUGAUGGUGGGCUGCGUUAUGCUUUCAAACGAAGGGGACGAUUAUGGUGCCCUCCCGCCCCGGCUAGCAGAGGCCUGGGCAGUCAAGAACGGAGUGCCGUUCCUCACAGGAGAGCAAGUGCAGCAACACAUUCUUUCAAAAGCAAGCAACGGGGUACACAACGGGGUCUCAAACGGAAACGCACACUGAAAUCCUUGCAAUAUGGCGAUACUGUCGAGGUGAGACUGAUGGGGUGCACGAGCGGAAGUAACUUAUUAGUCUUAUGCGUAAAACUACUUUAUUAGGCAAUGAAAGGAGAGAUUAAGGUGUAUGUAGUGAGCUUCAAGGUGGACAGGUCUCAAGAAACUUUUUAAGGUGCGCAAAGUCUUCCGGCAGCAAUCAUGGAUCACGCGCUUUGACAGUCUCCUGGCAGGGGAGUUGAUUGAUGCUCGAUUGGAGUCCUUUUCUAAAGAUCCUCGAAGGAACAGCUUCGUGUUUCAAGUGCAAAGGUCUUGGUCGGAUCCAUUUCGAAGGGGUUGAGUCCAAGGUCACCGUACGUUUCGAGCUAGCUGUGCAACGAGGGGAGUACCUUCAGCUGUUGCUGUAGAGUACAGACUUAUGAAGAGACUCGUUCGAGGCUGGAAUCACAUGCCAGUGCAGUGUCCUAAAACGCA